UUUUUCUAACACUGAGGGGGGAACAGUGUAGCCACCGCAGGGUUAAAGAACACCAUCGGGAGCUUUUUUUGUGGCCAGUUUUCGACAUGUCUACGAAAGCAGAGCAAUUUGCCUCUAAGAUUCGAUACUUGCAAGAGUAUCACAACCGUGUGCUACACAAUAUUUACCCUGUGCCAUCUGGAACAGACAUUGCAAACACACUGAAAUACUUUUCUCAAACCCUGCUCAGCAUCCUGUCCCGUACAGGCAGGAAGGAGAGCCAGGAAGCUUCCAAUUUGGCCGUGCCCAUGACCAUGUGUCUUUUUCCUGUGCCAUUCCCACUCACCCCAUCUCUAAGACCACAAGUCAGUUCCAUCAACCCUACAGUUACUCGCUCCCUCCUUUACAGCGUUCUGCGGGACGCCCCGGCCGACCGUGGGGGGGCCACCCAGCAGAGUCGGGACGCUCAGCUCUCAGAGUACCCCUCUCUGGACUAUCAGGGGCUUUAUGCCACCCUCGUCACCUUGCUUGACCUGGUGCCCCUGCUGCAGCAUGGUCAGCACGAUCUGGGACAGGCCAUAUUUUACACGACAACUUGCCUGCUACCGUUUCUCAGCGAUGAUAUUCUCAGCACUUUGCCCUAUACUAUGAUCUCCACUUUAGCCACCUUUCCUCCCUUCCUACACAAAGACAUCAUAGAAUACCUGAGCACCUCCUUCCUCCCAAUGGCUAUAUUGGGUUCAACUCGUAGAGAAGGAGGAGUUCCAGCAUAUGUCAAUCUCUCCGCUUCCUCUAUGCUGAUGAUUGCUAUGCAGUAUACCUCCAACCCAGUGUACCACUGUCAGCUUUUGGAGUGCCUGAUGAAGUAUAAGCAAGAGGUGUGGAAGGACCUUCUUUAUGUGAUAUCAUAUGGGCCGUCCCAAGUAAAGCCACCUGCAGUUCAAAUGCUCUUCCAUUACUGGCCUAACCUGAAGCCUCCAGGUGCGAUUAGUGAAUACAGGGGGCUACAGUACACAGCCUGGAAUCCCAUCCACUGCCAACAUAUUGAAUGUCAGAAUUCUAUUAAUAAACCUGCAGUAAAGAUGUGCAUCGACCCUACUCUCUCGGUUGCCCUGGGAGACAAGCCCCCUCCUCUCUAUAUCUGUGAGGAAUGUAGUCAGAGGAUUGCUGGAGACCAUGCUGAGUGGCUUGUUGAUGUGCUCUUACCUCAAGCUGAAAUAUCGGCUAUAUGUCAGAAGAAGAACUGCAGCUCUCAUGUGAGGCGGGCAGUCGUCACCUGCUUCUCGGCUGGCUGCUGCGGUCGGCAUGGCAACCGACCUGUGCGCUACUGCAAGCGUUGCCAUGUCAACCAUCACAGUAGUGAGGUGGGGGCCUCAGCAGAGACUCAUCUGUACCAGACGUCUCCUCCGCCUAUCAACACACGCGAGUGUGGAGCUGAGGAGCUAGUCUGCACUGUGGAGUCCGUCAUCAGCCUGCUGAAAGAGGCAGAGAUCCAUGCAGAGCAGCGGGAGUUCGAGAUGAACCGGCGGCGUCAGAUGGGCCUCUCUACCUCCCACCACUCGCUGGAUAACUUGGAAUUUGACAACAAAGAAGAUGACCAGCAUGAUCAGAGACUACUCAGUCAGUUUGGCAUCUGGCUCUUGGUGAGCCUGUGUACCCCCAGUGAAAACACACCUACAGAAAGCCUGGCCCGGCUGGUCAGCAUGGUCUUCCAGUGGUUCCACUCCACUGCCUACAUGAUGGACGAUGAGGUGGGCAGUCUGGUGGAGAAGCUCAAGCCACAGUUUGUGACAAAGUGGCUGAAAACAGUGUGUGAUGUGCGCUUUGAUGUCAUGGUCAUGUGCCUGCUGCCCAAGCCAGUGGAGUUUGCCAGGGUGGGUGGCUAUUGGGAUAAAUCCUGCAGUACAGUUUCACAGCUGAAGGAGGGACUGAACCGCAUCCUGUGUUUGAUCCCUUAUAACGUCAUCAGCCAGCCGCUGUGGGAGUGCUUUAUGCCAGAAUGGCUUGAGGCAAUCCGCACUGAAGUGCCAGACAACCAGCUGAAAGAGUUCCGGGAAGUGCUUAGUAAGAUGUUUGAUAUAGAGUUGUGUCCACUACCAUUCUCCAUGGAGGAGAUGUUUGGUUUCAUAAGCUGUAGAUUCACAGGAUACCCUGCAUCUGUACAGGAGCAAGCCUUGCUGUGGCUACACGUACUAUCAGAGCUGGACAUUGUAGUGCCACUGCAGUUGCUGAUCGGGAUGUUCUCAGAUGGUGUAAACUCUUUAAAAGAGCUGGCCAAUCAGAGGAAGGCUCAAGCUGCAGACCUGACGAGAAAUGCAGGGGCCAGAAGGGUCAGUGUAGUGUCAGACCCUGGCAGAAGGGGGCAGCACAACACUCUGAGUCCGUUUCCCAGUCCAUUCCGGAGCCCCUUCCGUAGCCCCCUGCGCUGUAGCCCCUUCAAAAACCUAGGCCAUGCCACAGGCAACUGUGCUCUGGACCUGGACUGUGAUGAUGACGACAUGAACCUGGGCUGCUUCAUCCUCAUGUUUGACCUCAUCCUUAAACAGAUGGAGCUGCAGGAUGAUGGAGUGAUGCUGGGUUUGGAGGGCAAUCUGGGCAGGGACAUUGUGGGCAUCAUUAACAGCGUGUUCCAGGCUCCCUGGGGUGGCUCACACACUUGCCAGAAGGAUGAGAAGGCUCUGGAGUGCAACCUGUGCCAGUCCAGCAUCCUCUGCUACCAGCUGGGCUGUGAGCUCCUCCAGAGACUUACCCCUCCUGAUGAGAUAGCCCUGGUGGAGCCUGCAGACAGUCUUGAGGAGAGUCUCAUCUUCCCCAGGGUAGAGCACUGUCUGCAAACAGAGAACGUUACAGAGGAGGGGGACAACACAUCUGGAGCUAACCCAGACAACCCUGGCAACCAGAGUCAUUCCCCUGACAACCCACCUUUAAAGAAUAAUGCUGACAGGAAAUUCUCCUACCAGCAGCUUCCUGUUUCUCUCAGGCUUAUUUACACCAUACUUCAGGAGAUGGCCAAGUUUGAGGAGCCAGACAUCCUCUUCAAUAUGUUGAACUGUCUGAAGAUUUUGUGUCUACAUGGGGAGUGUCUCUGUCAUGCUCGCAAAGACCACCCUCAAUUCCUGGCUUACAUCCAGGAGAAGAUGCUUAUUCCCUGCCUGUGGUCCAUGCUGAAGUCUGAGUUCUGCCAGCUGGCCUCUCUGGCAGUGCCUCAGCUGCUCCAUGCUCUCUCACUGUCCCAUGGCGCGGACAUUUUUUGGAUGCUGGUGGACAGCAGUUUCAACAACAAAGACUGGAAGAUUCGCUUUGAAGCAGUGGAGCGGGUCGCAGUGCUGUGCCGCUUUCUGGACAUCGGCUCAGUCACUAAGAGUCAUCUGUUGAAGUACUCGCUGGCCCAUGCCUUCUGCUGCUUUCUGGCCAGCAUUGAGGACGUCAACCCUGCUGUGGCCACCAGAGCCAGGCUACUACUAGACACCAUUAAACGCCCCGCACUGCAGGGCCUGUGUCUGUGCAUGGACUUCCAGUUUGACACAGUGGUGAGGGAUCGCCCCAUCAUCCUUAGCAAACUGCUGUUGCUGCACUCUCUGAAGCAGGAUAUCCCAGCACUGAGCUGGGAAUUCUUUGUGAACCGCUUUGAGACACUGUCCCUAGAGGCUCAACUACACCUAGACUGCAAUAAGGAAUUCCCAUUCCCUACUACCAUCACUGCAGUGAGGACUAACACAGCUAAUCUGAGUGAUGCAGCUAUGUGGAAGAUCAGAAGGGCUCGUUUUGCCAGAAAUCGCCAAAAGAGUGUCCGCUCACUUCGAGACACUAUAAAGGGCCCAUCGGAGUCCAAACGUGCCUUCUCCCUUCCCGAGACCCUCUGCAACAAACUGCCACUAAGGCUCACAAGACAAGAGCAGUCUGCACCCACACUUGGCGAUAUGCUAGAGAAAGUCCUGCCAGCCCACCUGCCUGGCCAGAGCUCUCCCCCAGAGGAUGACUCCAUCAUCAAGGAUCUUCUCCCAGAGGAUGUAGGCAUAGACCACCAGACUGUUCACCAGCUCAUCAUGGUGCUGAUGAAGUUCAUGGCGAAGGACAAGAGCAGUGCAGAGGCUGACAUUGGCAGUGCCAAAGCCUUCAACACUGUGAAAAGGCACCUUUAUGUGCUUUUAGGCUAUGACCAGCAGAUGGGAUGUUUUAUGAUCGCCCCACAGAAGAUGCGCUCAUCCACAUGCUUUAAUGCAUUCAUUGCUGGCAUUGCACAGGUAAUGGACUACAACAUCAGUUUGGGGAAGCAGAUGUUGCCCCUUGUGGUGCAGGUGCUGAAGUACUGCACAUGCCCUCAACUCAGACCAAACUUCCAGGAGGCUCCACGCUGCUCACUCUGGGCUCUGAGGCCACACAUCCGUCAGAUGUGGCUCAAAGCAUUGUUGGUUAUCCUCUAUAAGUAUCCGUACAGAGACAUGGACAUGAUUAAAGAAGUUGUUCUGCAUCUGAUCCACAUCACCAUCAACACCUUGAAUGCGCAGUACCACAGCUGCAGACCGCAUGCCUCUGCUGGCCCACUCUACAGUGACAAUUCAAACGUCAGCCGCUACAGUGAGAAAGAGAAAGAGGAGGAUAGUGUGUUUGAUGAAUCAGACAUCCAUGACACUCCAACGGGAGCAGGCAGUAAAGAAUCUCAGACGUUUUUUGCACGGCUAAAAAGGAUUGGAGGCAGCAAAUCCGUCAAGUAUCAGCCUGUGGAGCUCAAUGCUCAGAAAAGUGAGAUUGAGCUGGCGGAGUACAGAGAGCCAGGCACGCUGCAGGACAGCAUGCUGCACCCUGCAAGAGAUGACAGCAGCAGCAAGAAGAAGCGACUGCAGGCCAUGCACAAACAGAAGUCUCUGGAUAUCGCCAACACGGACUCCAUCCUCUUCAACCUUGAUGAACACCGUCGCAAGUCUUGCAUUGACCGCUGUGACCUGCAGGGGCCCCCACCUCCACCCCCCUCGUCCUCUUGCUCUACGGCGAGGCAGUCACGUCGGGGAGACCGGUACGGCAAAGACUCAUCUGACGGCUCCUCGGGCGCUGAUCGCCGGGGGUCAAACCUGCAUGCUGACAACAUCAGGCCAGUUAUUCCUGAGGUCCGUCUAAGCUGCAUGGAGACGUUUGAGGAUAAAUCCACAGGGAUUGACUUACCACUGGUUGUUUCUAGUGGACCUGGCAAAGAAGACGCUGACCUGAUUGAUUUGUCUUCAGAUUGUGCAUCUAUACCAGAAAAGCGCUCCAUUCUGUCUCUGUCUGACAGUGACUCCUUGGUGUUUGAGCCACUCCCACCACUACGCAUUGUUGAAAGUGAUGAAGACUUGUUUGAAGCACUUUCAAAGCCUCCAAGUGGCAUGCAAUAUAAAUCUGAGCAUCCAUCACCCUCAUCUGCAAGCACUAUUCUACGGUUAUCUCCAGUUGUCCAAGUCAGUGUGGAAGAUUGCUCCAAGGAGAAAAAGAAUGUCUCAAGCAGCCCUGCCAAAGGAAGCCCUGUUCAGGCAGCUGAAAGCAGGCCACCUCCUCAUAUAACCCCUACUGCCUCCCUGGAGCUUCCAGACUCCACAAGCCACCCUGGACUGGAGAGCCCAAUGACCUUGAAGCAGAAACGAGACCUCUUUAGAAAAACACCCCAUGUGCCUGACACUUCAGUAGACGACGCAACUGAGGAUAAAGUUGUAGGAGGAAGCCCCUCUGGAAGAUCGGUGUUCCUUAACAUCCCUGAAGACACACUGGACAGCCUGGACCCACUGAAACCCAAGAAAAGUGAAGGAAGCAUUCAGGGUGAGGAUGAAGAUGAUGCUGAAGAUGAUGAUGACACAGGCGAUGAGAGAGACAGUGAUCCAAAGCCAGACGACGAGAGUGAUGAAGCUGAAUUUAAGAUCCAGAUUGUUCCGCGCCAGCGCAAACAGCGGAAGAUAGCAGUCAGUGCCAUCCAGAGGGAAUACCUGGACAUCUCCUUCAAUACACUGGACAAGAUGGGAGAACAGAGCACAGACUCAGAUCACAAAGCCCUAUCCAAACUGGAAAAGCCACGAGAAUCGGCCUCAGCCCCUGCCCUCGAAGCCACAAUCCCAGAAACAAGCAACCGCUCCUCAGUAACAAGUCCCACAGCUCAGUACCGGCAGGUGAAGCGAGGCUCUCUGGGUGCUGUGACGAUGAGUCAGCUGAUGAAGCGACAGCUGGAGCAUCAGUCCAGCGCUCCGCACAACAUCAGCACAUGGGAUACAGGUCCAACAAAGACCAGCCUGCUGUCAGCUCCUAGCACAGUCAGCAUGUAUGUACCUGCACCAGAAGACUUCAGUGAUGAGCAGCCUACCAAUAUGGCUGACAGGUGUCGUGAUUGCGGGGCUGUAUUAGAGGAGUAUGAUGAGGAGACCCUGGCUUUGGCUGUAGUCGUUCUCUCUAUGUUUAUCCACUUGAGUCCGGACCUGGCUGCUCCACUGCUGCUGGACAUUAUGCAGUCAGUCGGAAGGUUGGCAUCCAGUGCUAAUUUCUCAGGCCAGGCUGAAAGCAUGCUGAUCCCUGGCAAUGCUGCAGGUGUAGCUAAGCAGUUCCUGCGCUGUGUGCUCCACCAGCUCGCACCCAACGGCAUCCUCCCACAGUUAUUUCAGAGCAACAUCAAAGAUGGAAGUUUCCUUCGCACACUGGCCACAUCUCUCAUUGAUUUCAAUGAGCUGAGCUCUGUAGCAGCAUUAAGUCAGCUUCUUGAGGGUUUAAACAAUAAGAAGAAUUUGCCUGCUGGGGGCACAAUGCUCCACUGCUUGGACAAUAUUGCCUCCUUUAUGGAGGCUCUUCCCAUGGACUCCCCUAGUAACCUUUGGACAACCAUCUGUAACCAGUUCCAAACCUUUCUGACCAAGCUUCCUGCUGUAUUGCCUCUGAAGUAUCCACUGGACUCCAGCUUGAGAAUCAUCAUCUGUUUGCUGAAGAUUCCAACCGCUAAUGCAACUAGAAGUUUACUGGAACCUUCUUCUAAGCUGCUGAGUUUUGUUAUCCAGUAUGGAGUUUUCAGCCUCUCUUAUCUUGUGGAACUGUGCGGCCUGUGCUACAAGACCUUCAGUAAGGAAAGGGACAAGUUCUAUAUGUCCCGCAUUGUCGUUCUGGAGUUACUACAAGCUUUGAAGUUCAAGUCUCCAAUUCCUGACACUAAUCUACUACUACUGGUCCAGUUUGUAUGUGCCGACAUCGGAACCCGGCUAUCUGAGUCCACCAUUCUGCAAAAGCACAUGAUCUCAUCUUUACCUGGGUGCACAACAGCGGCCAUGGAGUGUUUGAGGCAGUACCUCAGUGAGCUGCUGGACUUCAUUGCGGACAUGCAUACACUGACCAAAUUAAAGAGUCAUAUGAAGGCCUGCUGUCAGCCCCUCCAUGAGGAUACUUUUGGCGGAAAUCUGAAAGUGGGAUUGGCCCAGGUUGCUGCCAUGGAGAUCAGUAAAAGCAAUCACCGUGACAACAAGGCAGUGAUUCGCUACCUACCAUGGCUCUACCACCCUCCCUCUGCUAUGCAACAGGGGCCCAAAGAGUUCAUUGAAUGUGUGUCCCACAUCCGCCAGCUCUCCUGGCUUCUGCUGGGCUCUCUUACCCACUGUGCUUUGUAUCAGGGCUCUACGUCUUGUAUGCCCAUUCCACUGGACGCUGGCUCUCAUAUAGCAGAUCACCUCAUUGUAAUUCUCAUUGGCUUCCCAGAGCAAUCCAAGACGUCAGUGCUCCACAUGUGCUCCCUGUUCCACGCCUUCAUGUUUGCUCAGCUGUGGACCAUCUACUGUGAGCAGGCUGCUGCAGCCCCAGCCGGACAGAACCAGAACCAGAAUGAGUUCUCAUCUGGAGCCAUCCUUACAGGCCUGGAGUUCUGGAGUCGCGUCACGCCCAGCAUCCUCCAGCUCAUGGCACACAACAAAGUAAUGGUGGAGAUGGUGUGUUUGCAUGUCAUCAGUCUGAUGGAAGCAUUACAAGAAUGUAAUUCAACCAUUUUUGUAAAAUUAAUUCCUAUGUGGCUGCCAAUGAUUCAGUCCAACUUAAAUCACCUAUCUGCGGGUCUCCAGCUGCGACUGCAGGCGAUCCAAAACCGAGUGAAUUACCAGUGCCUCCAGGGGUCUGGUUCUGGCUCCUUUCCCUUUGCCCUGCGCAAGUGGCUGCAGUGUACUCAGUUUAAAAUGGCUCAAGUGGAGAUCCAGUCGUCUGAGGCCGCCUCCCAGUUUUACCCCAUGUGAUGUGCAGCGCAGUCCUAUAGGAGCUUCUGCAAGACCCGUACAUAUCCAUCCUCUGCUCCAGCCAGCAUACUGACUCCAAAUGUAGUUGUUUUUAGCAGCUCUGCUUUUGUAUCUAUGGACUGAAUUGUACUACACUCUGUGGGUUUUGGCAACAGCAAACAUACACUUACUAAUACAGGCUAACUGUGUAUACCUUAAUAGAGGUCUUAUGUUCGCAUGCAACUAUCAUGAUCAUGCAUAAAGGAAGUGAGGUAGUCAUUAUGAAACACUGACACUGAAUAAUAAGGUGUCAAAACAGCAGAACGUGGUACAAACAGAUGCAGGAGUCUUCCUACUGCGUGAGUGCGUGUGUGCAUGUAUGUGUGUGUGUAUGUUUCUCAGCCACAGUACAGCAAGGUGUGAAAAUCACUCGAUAUAAUGUGUACACCUGCCAUAUGUAUUAACAGAAGAUGCAAGAAAAGUGUUAAAUCUAGAGGGCUUAUAAAGAUGAGUAAUAUAUUUGUAUGUGUAUAUUAUGUUUACUCAUUUCAAGAAAAAAAUAAACAGAAUAAGUUUUCUUUAA